AUGGCCUUGGCGCCUUUUACACUUUCUAGGUCGCACCGCGCGCGUGGCUUCGAAAUGGACUCGAAUGCCAUUGUCAAGGCAGUUUUGACCACGCUGGAUCCUGAUGUUAACAAUACUGACCGAGCAAAAUGCUACAAGUGCGAAUGGCCUCAGCAAUGGCCGAACAUGAUGGAUGAGUUCUUCGAUCUAGGACGCAGAGGGCCAUCCCAAGCCAAGCUAACACUAAACACAUUCUUACGUCUGUACGAGGACGCGACGUCCGGCGCGCGGCAGUCGAUCUCGUUGUGUCGUGAUGCCUUGGCGAUGCUCUCAGGAUACCUUGAUUCGUGUAAACUGGACGCACUUUUUCAAUGGAACCCACCUGGUUCUAUUGAAAACCAGUGUGGAUCACGCACCCCCGCUUUCCUUCGUUUGCUCAUCAAUCUGAUUUGGAUAGAGGGCACACGCAUCGACGCUCUGAAUCUUAUUUUGCUCUUAUUAAGACGGAAGACAGAGAAAGGUUCUGAAGAAACUGUUUCAAAAGUCGCCGAUGCUCUGCUCGCAGAUCCAUCUUUGGUCAACCGAGUACUUGCGCUACUUUGUGCGACCCUCAACGAACCGACCUCGUUUUCCGAAACAACAUACAACACGCUGCUUCUGUUGUCCGAAAUCGUCACUCGUUUGGGAUGCGCACUUGUUGCACGCUGGCCGGAUAGCAAGACUUGUUCGACGCCUUGCGAAUGCACGUCCACCAUGCUGUUUACCUGUCCCAACCUCACAACACAUAUAUUAAACUUGGUGUUGCGUUUAACCAAGUAUCCUAUUCGAAUGAUAUCGGCUCCCACGAACCUUUUUUGGUUGACCGCGCUUCGUUCCUCAGAUCCGUCUCUGAUUGUCAGACUGCACCUUUACUGCCGGGAUCUGUUGGUGUCUUGGCGCCAGACUCUCAAGCGGGAUGGUGCUCCAUCGGGCUCGGGUGUCCACAGCGAGUGGACUCGCGGAGUAUUCGGGUCGGAAGAAUAUGUGAGCUUCUUUUCAAAAUACCGCACGGAAGUCCUCCGCUGCUUGAGCCUUUCGGCUUCAAAAUGGCCUUUGGACUUUCUACAGGCGCUCACUUCGCUCACUGAUGCUCUUCUAAAAAAGGACAUUCCAGUCACAGAGUUGACUGAUCUUGGCAAGUACCUUCCUCUGGACUCACCCAUUGUGUACGAUUGGGACACGCUGGAGCUCCUGUAUGAACACACGUUAUCACCCUUGAAAGAGGGAUUCGUUGCAUGUGGACAAACGGACCAGUUUGAUCAUGCCAUGUCCAACCUGUUGCGACAGUUUCUUCAAUCUCCCGCGAUGUUGGACCCAACACUGCGUGGGAAACAGGCUACUUGUGCUUCGAUGCUUAUGCAGCAGACCGAUUCACGAUAUGAUGCUGAAUUGUUGGUGCCGCUCCUGAUGUUGCUCUUCGCCUGUUUCCGAUAUAACCCCGAUGCAAGCUCAGCUUACCCUGUUCGCCGACCCAGAUGUGUGAAGACUAUGCACAUGGCUGUAGCCACGGCAUUCUUUCGACUAACUCGUGCUAAUCCGGAACGAAUAAUGCCGUACUUCGAAUCAAUCGCGAACGAAGUUACAAGCCUGUGGGCGGAUCCAAACAGUGGUGUUGUCGAAAAGUGCGUUUUACUGGAAUCCUUAAUCAUACUCUGCUUCCGUCUUCCGCAUCCAGUCAGUGUACAGAAAGACUUGCUAGCCCGUCUGCUCGCCCACGUAACCAGUGCCUGGUGCACGCCAGUGUCCAGUGUAAACACAGAAUCAAAUCCACUGUUUCCCAUAUUUAAUGCCUGUACAAAUGGGAGCCCCGCCUUACUUACUCUGCUGGGGCUAGAUCUUCCUCUGUCUGAACAUGGGGAUGCCCAGUCAGCCCAUGUGCAGAUGCGGAUUACCCUGGGCCAGAACGUGUUAUCCCUUUUGGCUACGGCCAGACGUAUAUCAGAUCCACCUACCCGGGAACAGCUGGACUAUAUCAGCGUGCCUUUACUGGAACCGCUCCUACCUUCCGUACUGGUUGUAUUACGGGCGUUUAACGAACUUUGGCUUCCUGAAAACCUUGCACGAGUUCACCCAACGGUCCUACCUGCUUUCGAGCUGACGGAACACGUCAAAUUCACUCUUUUGUCUCUACAAGUCGGCAUCACAGAACAGCAACCUGCCUCCGAGGAGAAAUCUUCCCUCGAACGGAUCCGGUCAUGCCUCUUCGAGGUCCACGAAAACUUGUUAACGAUUGUCGGGCUAUUGUUCACCGGUCUGGCUCCUAAGCUGUAUCAACUCCCGGCUGAUCAGCUUGCCACAAUCCUGCACAUAGGUUGUUGUGGCUCGUUCGAUCAUAUACCAGAUUUGAAGCUGAACAGUCUCGUGGUUCGUCCGUUUAUUCGGGGUUGUCCAACGCAUUACCUCAGCACGGCAGUCGUUCCCUUGGUCCCUCCUAUCGUCGAAGCUGUGGUUCAAGGAUUGUCACAAACGGAGAAAAAAAAUAGACCGUCCAGCUGUAGCACCCUUUCGGUGCCUAGCUACCAUGCCACACGAGUGAGGACGAGGGCUGGGAUGCUGUCAGGUCGCCCAAGCCUAGACAGGGGAAGUCGAGAGGCAGAAGUCGGGUUCGAACCACGGACCUUCCGGUCAGUAAAUUCGCGCUCUAACCACUUGGUCCAUCUCGCCCCUUACAAACGGAAAUCAGAUGUCCAACUCUCACUGGUGGGUUAA